CGGAAGCAAAGAUAGAGAAGGCUCUCAGUGUUCAAUUUCAGGAGGAAGUGGUUUGCAUUUGUUGCUCCUUGGUGUGCUGCAGGGAGGUGGGGAUGUGCUCAGCUGUUUCUUGCAGGUAGUCACCCUGGCACCCCAUCGGCAGGUCCUGUCUGCGAUGGGGCCUCCUGGGAGAGGAUGGCAAAGCAUCUCGGCUGAUUCUGAUGAGGAAAAUGAGGAUGUGCCCCCCGCAGUGGAGCCUGAAGCCCCCCAAGAUGCCUGUAGCAAGAGGAGGAAUAACGUGGGCUUCUGGUUGCUGGGACUCUGCAACAACUUUGCUUAUGUGGUCAUGUUGAGUGCUGCCCAUGAUAUUCUCAGCCAUCAGAAGGUGCCAGCAGGCAAUGGGACUGGGCCGAUUCCCCCCAAGGCUAAUUCUUCUCGGUAUGACUGCAAUCCCGUCUCAACAGGGGCUGUGCUGUUAGCUGACAUUCUGCCCACUCUUCUCAUCAAAUUCAGCGCCCCUUUUUGUAUCCACUUGUUCCCAUAUGGAUUGCGUGUUGCAAUUUGUGUUGUCACAGCCUGGAGCAGUUUCCUACUGGUGGCCUUCUCAACAACCACAGUGCAAAGCAUGGCAGGUGUUGUGCUGGCCAGUAUUUCAUCUGGUCUGGGUGAAAUAACAUUCCUGGCACUCACGUCUUUUUUUGACAGUGCCGUGGUGUCUGCUUGGUCCUCUGGAACUGGCGGGGCUGGCUUGAUAGGUGCCCUUUCCUAUCUUGGACUGACAGAGGCAGGUCUGAGCCCUCAACACACCCUUCUCAUCAUGACAAUUGUUCCAGUCAUCAUGCAAGCCAGCUAUUGUUUCCUGUUGUCUCCACCUGCUCAGGCUCCCCGCUGUGGCUGGGGUGCAAAGAAAUCCCUGCGGGCCGCUUCUGUGACCCACCAACCACUUCUGGGGGGUAGCGUUACACUCCAAAAUACUCCAGAGACACAAAGUCCUCAGCUCAGCUUGCAAGAAAAGGGGCAGGUGGUCAAGGGUCUCUUGAAAUACCUCAUUCCUUUGGCUGUUGUGUAUUUUGCAGAAUACUUCAUCAACCAGGGGCUGUUUGAGCUGCUGUAUUUCCAAGAAGCACCUUUUAGUCACCCCCAACAAUAUCGUUGGUACCAGAUGCUUUACCAGGGUGGGGUGUUUGUCUCACGUUCCUCGGCCACCUGUAUACGAAUUCGACAGAUUUGGCUCCUUGCAGUAUUGCAGUUCCUGAACAUGGUGUUCCUCUUGGUUGCUGUAAGCUACAUGUUUAUACCUAGCAUCUAUGUGGUUUUCGUUCUGAUACUCUACGAGGGAUUGUUGGGAGGAGCAGGUUACGUGAACACUUUCCAUUGUGUCAGUGAAGAGAGCAAGCCGGAGCAUCGAGAAUUUGCCAUGGGAGUGUCUUGUGUAGCUGACACACUGGGCAUCUCACUUUCUGGUGUCAUUGCCAUCCCUGUCCAUGACUACUUCUGCCGUCUCCCCUGAGGCUUGCUUUCUCGAGGGACCAAUAGAUGCCUCAAUGUACAGGAGCUUCAUUCCUGAGUCUUACAGCAAUUCAGUACUAAAGAGGACAGGGAAAAUUAGACUUUUUGCAUAUGCCCUCCUCUGGCUGUGCAGGGGGAAAUGAAGCUGUUUGGGGCUCAGACUUUAGUGUUAAUACUGUUGGACAUGUUGAUUUUGAAGUGUCAUUUUAUUUUAACCUAUGGCUCCUCCAGACUGUCCAACAGUUCUGGUAAAUGUCAGGGCUUUCUGUUUCAGAAUUUAGCACUACCCCCCAAUCUGGCCACUUCAUUUCAACUACUCUUUUCUCCAACUUGAGGUGUGGUCAGGCUGUGAUAUGAGUAUGGCUUCUUUCAUCACACCUACAUCCAUUCAUGGACUCAAUAUCUCCUGCUCACACUCAUUCGUCAGGAGCCAUGCACCUUUUCUCGCACAAUUGUUUUUAAAAUUGUUAUAGUGCUAAAAUACUAUAUCACUUUAACACCACAAGUGAGAAAAAAGGAAGGAAAAAAGAAAAAUGUUCAGUCUGGUAACCAGAAAUAUAACGAUGGAACAAAGAAUAGUGGAAAACCUCCAUAGUAAAGAUCAUGUUCCCAUUCCAGACAUCAUCAGUGAAACCAUCCAAAAGUAUCAAAGAACUGAGACAAUGGAUAUAGAUUCUUGGGACAGAAAAAAACCCACAUCCUGCAAUGGGUCUACAAAGUUGUGGCUAAUACUGAAAAUUCACAAGAAAAUUACUGGGACAGAAAGAAUAUUUUCUAGGGGAGGAGGCCCCAGUGAUUAGAGCUAUAACUCCAACCAAUUCCUGUGGCUGUAGGCAAGUCUGAAGAAGACUUUAUCCUGGGCAGGAAUACUCUUUUCAUGUUGCACAGCAAAGUUGGGGGUGUGCGGAACUUGACUACAAUUUCAAGAGCAAGGGGAUUCUGGGACUUACUGUCCAAAAAGAUUUUUCUUCUGAGCUUUUCUGACAGGUCAGGUGGAUUAAUCACAGCAUGCAGAAUCCUACCUGAAUGGAUGUUCAUGUUACAUAAUUUUCAAGGGAGAAAUGUUUUAAUGUUGCACAUACAAACUACAGAGCACUUCCUCAACAUUGGGAAAGUGGUGCAAAGAAAUGAUGUUUACUGUUUCUUCACAUAACUGAAAGUCACAGAAGAGGAAGUGAGUACAGAUAAUAUUCAUAGAUGAUAUUAACAGGAAUCAUGGAAGGUAGCUUGAAUCAGACAUGCAUCCAUCACUGGAAGGAGGAAUGAUGAUAGUUUUACACUGUGAUCAAUUUCUGUCUCAAUCAAUAAACCAGCCUUUGGAAAAA